CACAAAUUGGAUAUAUGUGCGUUCGAAUUUUGCCGUUAUGAUGUGACCAAAAACAUGAAGUGAAUUGUGUUUGGCUUUCUAAUGCCAAAAUCCACGUGGAAUUCUCGCGAAAACAGAGCAUCAAGUAUCUCCAGUAUUGACACAAACGUUACAGUUGAAGAUACCUCUGAGAUACCGGGCUACAGCGUCCCAAUUGAUGCGACAAGUAGCGAUUAUGAAUUAUGUUCAAAGAAUCCAACAGUAUGCGCAGCAAAAAGCGAAAGCAGAUUACAAAGAACCAACAUUUUUUCUUAUAUAAAACACAAGCUCUCCAAUAUAUUUAAUGAAACUAAAGAAGACAACAAUUCAAAUGAUGUACGAAGGAACGUUACUCCUUUGGAAGAUAGGAAAACCGUAGCUAACCUGCGAAUUUCUCAAACGACAUAUAUUACCAAGGGUGUUCCAAGUGAUAUUUCCUAUAUGAGAAAGCGGUACGAAGAUUCCCUCAUUCGACUGACAUCGUUGACCGAUGAAGAGAUAGCGAGCGUUCGUGCGAGUUGGGCGUUUCUGAAGACGCACAUUGAGAAAAUCGGAGUAAUUAUUUUCCUUGGUUUAUUCGAGGAACAUUCUGAUUUCCGCGAUGCCUUUGCACAGUUCCGAGGCAAGCAGUUAACGGAAAUAAACACGGAUCCUGCUCUUCAGGCCCAUGGACUCCGCGUCUUAAACAUUGUUGACAAGCUGAUCACAAGAAUACAUAAAAUAGAGGCUAUUCAGGAAUACAUAUUACAACUGGGCUCAAAACACUGCAGAUAUGUGCCAAACUUUUCUCUCAUUCCGAACGUCGGCGAACAGCUGGUUGAAUCUAUCGAACCGAUUCUAAAAGAAAAGGGUAUGUGGACUCCAGAGACAAUAUCAGGGUGGAAUACACUCAUGAAUUUUUUAACAAGCGCUAUGAGCUACGGGUUAGCACGGACUCCCAGAAUUUAAGUGGAGUUCCGUUAAUAAUAACUUAAGAUUGGCAUUUUUAUCAGUCGCAAUUUCAAUGGUGAACCAUCGGCAAACGUUUGCAAUAUAUGAGGAAUAAAAAAGUGGGAACUUACGAAAGCUGCGAACAGUAAAGUUUUUUAUCAAUUUUUAUCAGACUGCAUGAUGUAAAAUUUUUGUAUUUGGGACCGUUGCCACAGACGUUCUGUACACAAAAACUUGAUUAUUUUAAACACGAUAUUUCUCCGGCAAUUUUCGCUGUGGAUUAUUACGGCGCUGCAUGUACUCAGAAGUUCCAGAUUAUUUUCACAAAAAUGAUGUGAACACUUUGAAAUUGGAGUAUUUUCAUAACAAACCUGUAAACAGCAGACAUUGUUCG